AAACGCAGAGUCCCAAUCUUGCCCCUGCAGUUCUGUUGACGUGGUAACGGUCACUGUUGACAGUUGAAGUGGAAAUCUGAAGAUAUUCAUGACUAAAAAGUAGCAUUUCAAGAGAGAAGUCAUGCUGGACUUUGCCAUCUUUGCUGUCACAUUUGUCAUAAUCCUGGUCGGUGCUGUUCUCUAUUUGUACCCGACAUCCAGAAAGGCCUCUGGCAUCCCAGGUCUCAACCCCACAGAUGAGAAGGAUGGGAACCUGCAGGACAUUGUGAACAGAGGCAGUCUGCACGAGUUCCUGGUCAGUCUGCAUCAGCAGUUUGGACCUGUGGCAUCCUUCUGGUUUGGAGGUCGGCCAGUGGUCAGUCUGGGAUCAGUGCAGCAGCUACGGCAACACAUCAACCCUAACCAUGCCACUGACUCCUUUGAGACGAUGCUGAAGUCGCUGCUGGGUUACCAGUCAGGAAUCGGAGGUGGGGCCACAGAGAACAUACUACGGAAGAAGUCAUACGAGAGUGCCAUCAACAACACAUUAAAGAACAACUUCCCUCUAGUGCUCAAGCUGGCAGAUGAGCUGGUGGGAAAGUGGAAGUCAUUCCCGGAGGAUCAACACACCCCUUUGUGCGCCCACCUGCUGGGUCUCGCCAUGAAGACUGUCACCCAGCUGGCUCUGGGAGAGAGCUACAAGGACAAUGCUGAGGUCAUUUCCUUUCGCAAGAACCACGACGCGAUCUGGUCAGAAAUCGGGAGAGGCUACUUGGAUGGUUCUCUGGAGAAAAGCUCCAGUAGAAAAGGACAUUAUGAGAAGGCUCUGUCAGAGAUGGAGUCCGUCCUGCUGUCAGUUGCGAGGGAGAGGAAAGCCCAGAGGAAGCAGACAGUGUUUGUGGAUGCUCUGCUUCAGUCCAGCCUCACAGAACGACAGAUCAUGGAGGACUGCAUGGUUUUCACUCUAGCUGGAUGUGCAAUCACUGCCAACUUGUGCAUCUGGGCACUUCGCUUUCUGUCCACCUCAGAAGAAGUCCAGGACAAACUCUACCAGGAGUUGGAGGAGGUUUUGGGCUCUGAUCCAAUUUCCUUGGACAAAAUCCCUCAGCUCAGAUACUGCCAGCAGGUCCUCAAUGAGACGGUGAGGACGGCUAAACUGACACCAGUCGCGGCUCGGCUUCAGGAAGUGGAGGGCAAAGUCGAUCAACACGUCAUCCCCAAAGAGACUUUAGUAAUCUACGCUUUGGGAGUGGUUCUGCAAGACUCUGAGACCUGGAGCGCUCCAUACAGGUUUGAUCCUGAUAGAUUUGAGGAGGAAUCAGUCAAGAAAAGCUUCUGCCUGCUCGGGUUUUCUGGGAAUCAGACGUGCCCAGAGCUCAGGUUUGCGUACACAGUCGCUACAGUCCUGCUCAGCACGUUGGUGCGGCAGCUGAAGCUCCACCAGCUGAAGGGACAGGUCAUGGAGGUCAGAUCAGAGCUGGUGUCCACACCUAAAGACGAAACCUGGAUCACCGUCAGCAGAAGAAGCUAGUCUUUAAAUGAAUCCUCCUGCAUUUUGAUUAAAACAAUUACCAGCAAAGUAUUUCAUGAAUGUUGAAGCCAGAGAAGCAUUCUUUUUUUCAACCAAUCAUUCACAAUAACUCUAUCUUUUUUAAGAUUAUGAUGGCUUAUUUUCAUCGUUCUCAAAAUCAACAUAGUUGAAUCAUUUCUGAACACUAAUUCUGUUUUUUUACCUACAACUUUCACCUCUAGAAUCUUUCUGUGAUUGUCUUUCUGGUGCUUUUAACUGUAGAUAAAUCUGAGGCCUUACACACGUUAUCACAUCUGCUGUCUGUCCAUAGAACAGAUUUUUACUUGUUGAAAGACUCCAUCUGUUAACUCUGUGGUUUAGUACUCCACAAAGUAGAAAGAAAAAACAUUUGCUGCCAAGCACAACUGCCUGAAGUCAAAAUUCUGUUUCACAAUUGGUUCUGUUGUUUCUUUUUACAACCCACAUGGCAGUCAGAAAUGUCUUUCCCUUUUUAGACACAGCUGUAUCUUACAAAUGAUUAAAUAUGUACAAGGGUU